UAUGCAAGACAAUUUGCAUCCACGGUAACAAAGAAAAUGGCUUACUCCAAAAAGCAUUCAUUCCUCUUGAUUUCCACUCUCCUCAUGAUUCUCCAACUCCAAUUAUCCUUUACAAAUGCUAUGAUUAAAGGUGGCUAUUGGUAUUCUGAUAGUGGCCUUGCAGCUUCUGAUAUUGAUCCCUCUUAUUUCACCCACUUGUUUUGUGCAUUUGCUGACCUUGAUACUGCUACCAACCAAGUCACCAUUUCUCCUGCAAACGCAGCAAGAUUCUCAACCUUCACCCAAACUGUUCAGGCAAAAAGUAGUUCAGUGAAAACCCUUCUAUCAAUUGGUGGUGGGGGUGGUCCUACUUUGGCACAAAAAUAUGCCAACAUGGCUAGCACACCUGGUGGCCGGAAAUCAUUCAUAGAUUCUUCAAUCCGAGUAGCCAGAAAUAACAACUUUCAUGGCCUUGAUCUUGACUGGGAGUAUCCAUCCUCAGACACAGAAAAGGCCAACUUUGGUUCGCUAAUCAGGGAAUGGAGAGCUGCCGUGACCACAGAAUCUAGGAGUUCCGGCAAGCCAGCACUGCUGUUAUCUGCUGCAGUGGGUGGCUCUGAUCAGAUAACUCCAUUGAAGUACUACCCUGGUCAAGAUGUUGCAAACAACUUGGAUUGGGUUAAUGUAAUGACCUAUGACCUUUACAUCUCAGAUACAAAUCCAACUCAAACACAACCACCCGCUCCUUUGAAAAACCCAACUGGCUUGUUCAGUGCAGAUGAAGGUAUCAAUAAAUGGGUAGGGUUAGGUGUGCCAAAAAACAAACUUGCACUUGGUUUACCCUACUAUGGUUAUAAGUGGAGAUUGGCAGAUCCUAAUAACCGUAGAAUUUAUAGUAAAGCUACGCAGGGACUAGGGGCAGUGAAGUACAAGGAUAUAAAAAAUACUGGAGGGCAGAUUGUGUACAACUCCACAUAUACUCAAAAUUACUGCUUCAAAGGUACAGAUUGGUAUGGAUAUGAUGACACUCAAAGUAUAGCUAACAAGGUUAUUUAUGCCAAACAAAAUGGAUUGUUUGGAUAUUUUGCUUGGCAUAUUGAACAAGACAGCAACUGGGCUCUUUCUGAAGCAGCUUCUCGUAACUGGGGGACCUAGUAAUGUAAAGUAGACAGAGUUCUAUGUUGCAAAGAGAGCAAAGGAAGGUUAUCUACACUAUAAUAAAGUUAUAAUGACCAUAUUAGUUUCUAUCCUCUCAUGUAAUAGUAAAAAAUAAGAAUGAGAUAUUAAAUGAUCUAUAGUAAUAAAAAAAGAACUCCUGCUUUGCUUCUCUUGAUCUAAUCAAUAAGAAGUUUUAUUCAAUA